AAUUGUGUUAAUGGUGAAAAAAUCGUUCUGAAGAUGUAUAUGAUGCAUUAGAUUACUUCUAAAACUUUAUCACAAUAAUAGUAAUUAAACUCACAAAUACUUUAAUUAUUUCAUGCCAAUGGCUGCAAUUAAUAAAGUCAAAGUAAUUGUAGCUGGAGAUUCAGGUGUGGGUAAAUCAUCUUUAACUCAUUUGAUAACUCAAGGUGAGCCUUUGAUCUCACCUGGCUGGACCAUUGGAUGCUCUCUAGAAGUGAAACUACAUGAAUACAAAGAGGGUACACAAGCCCAAAGCACAUUUUUUGUAGAGUUAUGGGAUAUAGGCGGAUCAAUAAGUCAUAAAAAUACAAGAGAUGUAUUCUAUCAACCAACUCAUGGUAUCAUACUUGUGCACGAUCUUACUAACCGAAAAAGUGAACAAAAUCUACAGAAGUGGUUGUCUGAAAUUUUAAACAAGGAAGCUAAUUUAGGGAAAAGUGCAUCAGAAGACUAUGAUCCAGAACAAUUCAUCGGUUCAAAUCAGAUCCCAAUUUUUGUUGUCGGGACUAAGUUAGAUCUAGCAGAAGAAAAACAUAAGGCUAAAAUAAAAUCAAUCAGUAAUAUAGCGGAUCAAUGUGGGGCUGAUGAGAUUCAUGUCAAUUGUCAUCAAAGUAAAAGUUUGGCAGCUGGUUCUACUACAGCCGUUAAAUUAAGCAGAUUUUUUGAUAAAGUUAUAGAACGUCGUUAUUACAGCCGUGAUGCUAUCAACAGAAAAAAAAUGUUUGCAGUGACACCAAUUGUCGAUCGAACAGCUGGAGCUUAUUCUCCAAUAACAAUGGAACAAGGUUAUCACAAUCCUUUAACACCAAAAUUUUAUCAUAUGGAAUAAGGAUCUAAUA